GCCGUCAACAAGUUUUCACCAUCUCCGCAUCAUCAACCAAUACCAUCUUCACCUUUUCUUCGAUCCGGUCAGGAGACUCCACUGAGUUCUCAAGGUGGACGGCGGCGCUGGUCUUCCAUGACCGAGGAGGAGAUCAUGACCGGAGUCCGGCGGCCUUCUAAAGAUGUCCACCCGGGCCUCGACCUGGCCGCGUACCCGUCUCCGGGCAUGUCUCCUGCAGUGGCCCCGUGGCGCAGCCGGCAAGCCUUCGCCGCAGAUGCGGGUGCCCGCCGCAGGUGGGCCUCACUUUCGGACGACGAGACUCAAUCGCCGAUGCUUUGGCCUAUGAGGUCACCAGUUCUUCAUGGGCAGCGUGGAGGGUGUCGUAGCCACAGCGGCACACCAUUGAUGGGACCCUCGGCAGGCGGAAUUCCAGGACUUGCGAAAGUUUCCGAGCAUGCUGUCGCUGAGGAAGUGGAGGACUUCAUGCUACCUCCGACACCACAACCACAGGCUCAGUUGGGCACUUCGCCAAUCUCGAAGCAAGUGCCAAUGACGCCUGAGAAUUUCCCGAUGGCCUGGCCGAACCCAUGGGAGUCCGGGCCGAUGUUUGGCUGCGACCAGGCCAUAGCUGCACAGUGGCAGCAGCAGUGGAUCAUGCGGCAAGGCGAUCCGGCCUGGCCGCCUCCCUGGUCCCAGGCAGGCGGUCUCUACCCUCUUGCUCCGCAAGUUGCUGGAGGUUUCGGAGCAGCAGAUUCUGCGAGCAGCAGCUUUGGUUGGGUGCCGAUGGGAGCUGCUGGCGCCGAGAUCUCACAGGCGCAAAUUUGGCUUGGUCAAGAACAAGCUGCCGAACAGAUGCAGCUGCCAAGCGACCCGAGUGGCUCCGCAGCCCCUUGCCCGCUUGUCUGGGUCGGAGAGCGGGCCUUCCGAGCAUCCGCAGCGGCCAAGGAACAGAUCGAGGGCCUUGGCUAUUCGAUCAAAGUGUACAGGAGCCAUGACCGCUGCAGCCGGAUGCUGGAUAAGAAGAGUGCCCUAGCGUCGCACUCCGUUUUCCUCGUCUCGGAGGCUGAUGCGAAGCCAAUGCUCCAGUACCUGCGGAGCCGAUCUGCGACUGGAGUGCGCGUGCUGGUGGAUGCAGAAGGCUUCUCGGCACAGCAGGUCUGGGAACUCUCAGAGACGUUCCCAGAGCUGGAGGAGGCCUCGGCAGUUGGUGUCUGCGCCUCCUGGGACGAGCUUUUGACAUCUCUCUGCGAGAUCUACCAGGAGGCUUUGUACCUCGGCCUCAGUGCUGCGAACGCCACCAAGCUCCAACCUGCAACCGGCCCUGUCAUUGCACCCGCAGAGCCGAAGACACCAAAGGACACACAAGGUGUCGAGGCUUCGAAUCCCAAGGCCUCUGAAAAUUCGUGGACGUUGGUCUGGAUCUCGGACCAGGCCUUCAAGCCGACGGCGGUGAGCCUGAAAGCACAGCUCGAAGGGCUGGGCUGUCAGGUCAAAGGAUACAAAACCCACAAGAAUGCCGCAAGGGCGUUGGACAAGAAGCGCGCCCUGGUGCGAACCGUGGUCAUGGUUACAGGUGCUGAAGCACCUCCCUUCUUGCAGUACAUAGCUUCGAGACCUGAACUGGCUUCAACUCCAGUUGUUGUUGAGGCGACCUCAAGAUCGAUCCCGGUGCGAGAAAGCCCAACCGUUCAGGUCUGUGACAGUUUCGAUGCCGCUGCCACUGCUGUUUGGAAGGUGGCACACGAGCCAGGUUUCGCUUGA